CAACCAACCUCUUGUACAACCAUUUUGCGGGCCUGUGUAUUUGUUGGUAAAAUGUCCGCCGCUUGAAGCCUGAAAUAUUUGUGCAAGUUUGUUAUCUGUGUAAUUGUCUGGCAUUAUACGUGUAAUUGCUGGUUCUCUACUGGUCGUAGAUUAACUCGUCCUAGCGCUGCGAUCAUUUCGCAGUAGGAACUUUGUAGGCGAACAGUGCAAACAAAGGGGUAGAUUCCCCACUGGCUUUACACGCCAUGAGCAACUCGGAGAGCAGCAGCAGCAGCAGCGGCAGCAAAAAUGCAAAGUCAGAAGAAAAUCAGGAUGAGCUGAUUAUAAAACAACAGCGCGAAAUCGAACAAGAGAUUGCUCAUUCCAAUCCGCUAGUCAGUGAGUCGCAGCCGAUCUCCAGUCUCAACCAGGAGUACCUGGACGAUCCUGUCUACAUAUCAAAAAUUAAAGAUCUCUCCUCCAAGUACCGAGCGAUUCGGCGCAGCCGUCCAGAUGGGAACUGCUUUUUCCGAGCAUUUGCUUACGCUUACCUGGAAUAUUUGGUGCGAAACAAGGACGAAUUUCAAAAGUUCUAUGAAUAUGCAUCCAAAUCCCGGGAACGGUUAACGGAGGCCGGCUUUCCACCGUUUACGAUCGAAGACUUUUAUGAAACGUUUAUGGAGGUGAUUAACAAGGUGAAGCCGGAAGGCGAUGACAUCGCUACUGCCCUCAGCGAGCUGCACAAGCUGUUCAACGAGCAGGGCUACUCGGAUUAUGUCGUCGUGUAUCUGCGAUUGAUUACCUCGAGCCAUCUGCAGGAGAAGGCCGACUUUUAUCAGAACUUCAUCGACGGUAACAUCACGAUUGUGGAGUUUUGCCACCAGGAGGUGGAGCCCAUGUACAAGGAAUCGGAUCACAUUCACAUCAUCGCUAUCUGCUCCGCACUGGAUGCCGGUGUGCGGGUCGAGUAUAUGGAUCGGGGCGACGGUGAUCAGGUGAUUGCUCACGAUUUUCCGGAUGGCUUCAAACCGAACGUCUAUCUGUUGUACCGUCCGGGACAUUACGAUAUUUUGUACCCCAACAGUCAGCAGGCGUAAGGUAUGCGCAACCUAGGAUGCCUGGUGCCGGUAGUUCGGUGCAUAAUUUAAGGCGUAUAAAUAUCCUGCUGCAUGGAUGCAUACCAACCAUACCAACGAAACGUGUCUACUAUGAUGUCUCUUUGUUUCCUGCAAGCCAACCUUGGAUCAUUCAGUACUAUACUACACUUCGUCGAUACUAGCAAGCUACUCAAUAUAAAUACAAUGUACGGAAGAAUCGUAAUAAAUCAAACCACAACUCCUGAUCAA